AUGCCCAUUUCAAAACGACGAAUCGCAGUGGACUUGGAGGAGAUCCAGCGGAAGUUCGACGGAGUGCAAUUACGUCCGCCCAAGCCAAGCCAGCAUCCUGCAGGUCGUCCGCUACUGGUGAGCGAACCGGUACUACGUGAAGCCCAGCAUAAUCCCAUCCACGGGGUUUCCACACAGCAGCAGGAGAUUCCGGCCACAAACCCAGCGUCGGCAAGUGGCGCGGGACAAACCCAAGCGGCGCGCGUGUUGGAACCAAUCACAAACCGGUACCAGCAGACGUCCGGCCUCGAAUCAACACCAACCGGACAGGUGACGUCGAAGGUGAUUACUACGAAGCACUCCUUACGUUCGCCCCGCAACUGCCCCUCCGUGCAAAUUGCAGACUUUCCGCCCGUUUCGUCGUGCAGCUUGCGAUUGCCUACUCGAGUGCAAACAGUUCAAAGCAGUACGGUGCCUAUUGCGUCGUCGAUUGCUGUCAGCAGUGAUCCAGUGGUGCCCAACGUGUUUCCACAAGCGUUUCUCCCUUUCGACUCUACCUCUGCACCUGCGCCAGUUCCUCAACCGUGGAUAAGUGUCCCGACAUCUCAACAGCUCGCUGCUAGGCACAUCGUUCCCAAAGAGCUUCCCAUCUUUUCGGGCGAUCCUGUCGAAUGGCCGCUGUUCUUGAGUUGUUUCCAGAACACCACCCAGUUAUGUGGGUUUUCUCACGGAGAGAAUUUAAUGCGUCUGCAGCGGAGUCUCAAAGGAAACGCCCUGGAAGCCGUCCGAAGUUUACUGCUGGAGCCCUCAUGGGUUCUUAUGAGCGUUUCGACGCUCCAAACGCUGUACGGUCGUCCCGAUCUAAUAAUCAACUCGCUGCUGCAGAAAUUACGCGCUACUCCAGCCCCAAAACCGGACAAGCUGGAGUCUCUGAUAUCGUUCGGUCUAGCAUGCCAAAACCUUUGUGGUCAUCUACGUGCAUCUGGGCAAGAGGCCCACUUUUCCAAUCCGGCUUUGCUGCAGGAAAGCUCGUAUCGGUUCAGACAAAGGAAAGGGAAAGAGAAGCUGUAUGUGAACAUCCAUGCAUCUGGCAAUCCGGUCGACUACGUUGGUAAACGGAAUCCUCCAAACAAUUCUGGAGGUAAACAGUACCAACCAAAACCGUGCCAAAUUUGUGGGAAACAGGGACACAAGGUGCGAGACUGCGACGACUUCAAGAAGUGCAACCUGGAGGAACGUUGGAAGCGCGUUCAGGAGCAUUACCUAUGCAGACGAUGCCUGACAGCACAUGGAAAGUUUCCGUGCAAGGCAACUUCGUGCGGAAUGGCAGGAUGUGAAGAGCGGCACCACAAGCUUUUGCACCCAGGCAAGCCACAGUCAGCAGUCCCAGCAAAGCAGCCAACAGCGACGGAAACCGUCAACGUUCACACCGCACUGAAAGUAUCCACGCUCUUUCGUAUAGUACCAGUGACGCUGUUCGGCACGUUUGCGUUUUUGGACGAAUGGUCUUCGUCUACGUUGGUCGAUGUCCGAAUUACUCGUGAGUUGGAAGUGAAUGGUGAAGUCCACCCGCUUUACUUGCAGUGGACCAGCGAUGUUGAACGCUGUGAGGACAGCUUGCAGCUGAUUCGUCUUGAAAUCUCUGGGCGUGUAGCUCAGAAACGACACGUUGUUGCAGCAGCUCAUACCGUGGAAAAACUGUGUCUUCCUCAGCAAAGUUUGCCGUUCGAUCAACUAGCUCAACAGUUUCCGCACCUCCGUGGUCUACCCGUUCACGGAUAUCGCAACGCCACUCCAACUAUCCUGAUCGGUUUGGACAACACUCACCUGAAGAUUCCCCUCAAAGUCCGCGAAGGUAGAGCCGGAGAACCAGCAGCGGCGAAAACCAGACUUGGUUGGACGGUGUACGGCCCUAUUCCGGGUGAAUGUUCCUCGACGCAGCAGUGCCAGUUUCAUCUGUACAAGGAAGCUCGAAACCAUGACGAUGUGUUGCACGACCUUGUGAAGGAGUUUUUCUCGGUGGAGCACGUUGGAGUCGCUGUAGCUCCUUUGUUGGAAGGAUCCGACGAAAUGCGUUCCAGAAAGAUCCUCGAAGAAACGACUUCACGGCUGCCAUCUGGACGAUUCCAGACAGGACUGCUCUGGAAGAACGAUCAUAUCGAUUUUCCAGACAGCAAGCCUAUGGCAGAGAGUCGGCUGAAAUCACUGGAGCGUCGUUUACGGCAGAAACCCGAACUUUUCGAGAACUUGAAGCAGCAGAUAGUCGAGUACGUGGAGAAAGGCUACGCGCAUAAGAUUACGCAAGAAGAGGUUCUCUGUUCGAAUCCCAGGAAAGUGUGGUAUCUUCCGUUGGGGGUAGUUGUACACCCCAAAAAGCCAGGAAAAGUUCGCAUAGUUUGGGAUGCAGCAGCGACAGUCCAAGGUCAGUCCCUCAACUCCGCCUUGCUUCCGGGACCCGAUCUGUUAUCCUCCCUUCCGUCAGUACUCUCCAAAUACCGCCAACGCCAGGUUGCAAUCUGUGGCGAUAUAAAAGAGAUGUUCCACCAGUUUCAGAUCAGACCCGAAGAUCGACAGGCACAACGGUUCCUGUUUCGAAGCGACCCCUGCAAAGACUUCGAGAUUUACGUCAUGGACGUUGCCACUUUUGGUGUAACUUGUUCGCCCUCCGCUGCACAGUUCAUCAAAAACCAAAAUGCGAAGGAGUUUGAAUCCGAAUUUCCCGAGGCUGCCGCAGCAAUCGUCCACAAUCACUACGUGGACGAUUAUUUGGAUAGUCGGGACACCGUCGAGGAAGCAGCAGACCUGGCGCUGCAAGUGAAAACAGUCCACGCUAAGGCUGGGUUCCACAUUCGGAACUGGAUGUCCAACUCCAGAGAGGUGAUUUCACGGGUUGGGGAUUCAGCUGAAGAAUCUGCGAAGAGCUUCAAGACGCAUACAGCUGCAGUUUCGGAACGCGUACUCGGGAUGAGCUGGUUUCCCGAAUCGGACGAAUUUGGAUUCCGCGGACUUUUCCGCGAACAACUGAUGCCCCUACUUCACGGAGAAAUUGUUCCAACGAAACGGCAGCUCCUCCAAGUGGUCAUGAGCAUUUUUGAUCCACUUGGUCUGGUGUCGCUUGUAGUGGUUCACGGAAAAAUCCUCGUUCAGAAGACGUGGCGAGUUAAAAUCGGGUGGGACGACAAAAUCAACGAAGAUCUGCUCAAACUAUGGCGGCGGUGGAUUAAGCUAUUAGGACAGCUUGACACAAUUCGCAUACCACGGUGCUACUUCCCAGAAUAUCUACCGGAAAGCUACAAAUCUUUGCAGCUACACAUUUUUGUAGAUGCGAGUGAAGAUGCGUACGUAGCAACCGUCUUCUUCAGGAUUGUAGAGCAGUCCCAAGUUCGUUGCGCUCUGGUAUCAUCGAGGACGAAAGUUGCGCCACUGAAAUUACUGUCAGUUCCCCGUCUUGAGCUCCAGGCUGCGUUGCUCGGAGCCAGAUUAGCGAAGUCUGUAGCGGAAAACCACACACUGCAAAUCAAACAACGAUUCUUCUGGGGUGAUUCCUCCACUGUUCUCUCAUGGAUACGCUCGGACCACCGGAGAUAUCGCCAGUUUGUGGCGUACCGCGUAUCUGAGAUCUUAGACACUUCAAAGGUCGACGAAUGGCACUACGUUCCCUCGCAUCUGAAUGUGGCGGAUGACGCCACAAAAUGGAAAGAACGGCUCCAGAUCAGCAACAAUCAUCGCUGGUUCUGUGGACCAGACUUCCUGUACGAUCCUCCAAACCUGUGGCCAAAACAGAACGCGCCAUAUACUCCAACUACAGAGGAACUGAGACCCAUCCACGUACAUCGAGAACUCCGAAGAGAACAAGUGGUGCAGUUCUGCCGCUUUUCCAAGUGGGAGCGUUGUCUGCGUGCCGUUGCCUAUGUUCAUCGAUUCAUCGAUCAGCUGAAGCGAAAGCGGCGUAAAGAACAAUCCGACGUUACAUCCAUCCUUACUCGUGAAGAGCUUCAGCGAGCAGAAGAGACCAUUAUCAAGCAGGCCCAGUUCGAAGCUUUUGCAGAUGAAGUGAUUACUAUGCAGAACAACCAGUCGCUACCGGAGGACCAGCGUCAGCGACUCGAAAGUACAAGCAAGCUGUACAAACUGUCUCCUUUCCUGGACAAUCGAGGUGUAGUCAGAAUGGAGGGACGGAUCACCGGUUUUGCGGAUGCGCCCUACGACUUCAAGUAUCCUUCUGUGCUGCCGAAGAACCAUUACGUUACUCGGCUCAUCGUCGAUUCGUACCAUCGGCGUUACAAGCAUUCCAACGGAGAGACAGCAGUGAAUGAAAUGCGGCAAAAAUAUCACCUUUCGGAGAUGAGAGCAGCAUUCAGGAAGAUCAGCAAAACUUGUACGUGGUGCAAGGUCUACAAAGCGAAACCUGCAGUUCCAAGAAUGGCACCGCUACCGGAAGCACGAGUCACUCCUCGCAUCAGGCCGUUCAGCUUCGUCGGAGUGGAUUACUUCGGCCCGCUGUUGGUCGUCCAAGGUCGACGUGAAGUGAAGCGAUGGGUCGCCCUCUUCACCUGUCUGACAAUCAGGGCGAUCCAUCUCGAGGUCGUCACCAGCUUGUCAACGGAGUGCUGCAAGAUGGCUUUACGGCGGUUCAUAGCACGGAGGGGGGCACCUUCGGAAAUCUACAGUGAUCGGGGUACUAACUUCGUUGGAGUCAGCGGCGAGUUAAGGGAGCAAGUGAAAGCAAUCAACCAAGGUUUGGCAUCAACUUUCACCAAUACCGUCACCCAUUGGCGCUUCAAUCCUCCAGCUGCGCCGCAUAUGGGGGGGUCUUGGGAACGCAUGGUUCGGUCGGUAAAGUGUGCAUUGGCUUCGCUAUCGGUCGAGCGCAAACCUAGCGAGGAAGUGCUGGUCAAGCUACUAGUUGAAGCUGAGUCGAUGAUAAAUUCGAGGCCGUUGACAUACAUGCCGCUCCAGACUUCGGAGCAUGCGGCACUUACUCUGAACUGUUUCCUCCUGCUUAGUACUAGCGGGGUGAAUCAGCCUCCAACACAGUUUGUACACGAUAGGCAGGCUCUGCACACCAGCUGGUUCCUGUGCCAGCGACUGUUGGACCAAUUCUGGACGCGCUGGGUGAAGGAGUAUCUACCCACCAUCACCAAACGGACCAAGUGGUUCGUAGAUACCAAGCCGGUCUCUGCCGGUGAUCUGGUGGUCAUCGUGGACGAUCGAGUCCGUAACGGAUGGAUAAGGGGACAAGUUCUACGCGUGUUCCCAGGACGAGAUGGCAGAUGUCGCAGCGCUAACGUGCAGACAGCAACUGGUGUACUUCGACGACCGGUGGCGAAACUAGCCGUCCUAGAUGUUGCUGGUAAUGCUCGAGAGGACACGGAGCAAUACGGGUCGGGGAUUGUUCAGGACGGCGCCCUAUCGUCUGAAUAA